AUGAGUUCUGCUCCUCGGAAGCCUGGAUUCGCUUCUGGAGAUGCUGGAUGCUCAAACAUCUCUUUGCACUUAAAUGCUCUAGACAUAGCAACAGAUGACCAUAUCACCCAGCUUCUUGGGCCUCCGCAGCUGGCCACCGCCUUGCCGACGUCAGAUGUACCCCAUCGCGGCUCCCUGCCAUCAUUGAGCAGCAUGGGAGAGGACUCCUCCGAGAUGCUCCAUCGAAGGCAUAUGCUCCAUCUGAUGAACGCCCACCUACGAACUCGGCUGUACGGUGAGUACAACCUAUCGCCGGUUCGCACUUGGACCCAGUCCGGUCUCCGUGACAGCAACGCCAGCAACCAACUGAGCACUGAACCGCAUCUGCUCGGCCAUUGUGAUGCGCCGCCGCGAGGCGACCACUCGACCAUGAGGGCAGAUGCUGUAUCUUCAGUUGGUCUGGACCAAGCUUCGUCAAGGCAAAGGAUACAUCGGCUUUUCAGCAGCCCCGACCGGCCGGGCUCGCUUGAUGGUCGCUCAGGCGUAGGGGACUUCAAUACAAACGCUCUGGAAGGGGAAAGUGCAGAGCCGAAUAGUCAGCAGAAGGAGAUACACGGAAGCAACACACGUGGAACUAGGCACAGCAGACGAUUGUCCGCCCCCCGCAUGUUAACAAUAACUGGUACCGAAGGAGGCGAGUCUGGCCCAUUGCCGAAUGCCUUGUCUAGGCUGCGAAAUAUCUCAGCAGCCUCGAGAACUACCGGAUCCGUAUUUUCCAUAGACCAGCUAACCGGUAGAAAGCUGCCACCGCCUGGUUACCUUGGCAAUUUAGGCCAGGAUAGCCAACGGAUUGACAGCUGUGGAGACACAAAGAGAGAUCGAAGGAGGCACAAGUGCGGAGAGUAUAAAAUGCUACGAGCUAAGUGCAUUAUAUGUAAGCCAAAUAAUUAG